AUGGACCCAACCCCGCUCUCUGUGAGCAGACCAGCAGAGACCGGGCUCGAUGAAGACGUGGAGUUUUUCAAGAAGCAGCUUAGGGAGUCCCUGGACGUCAUUGCCACACUGUGCGAAGAGCUCGAUUGGUGGGAGAUGGGGACAGCUUCGCCGUCGCCGGCCGCUGAAGGACCUGCUUCGCCUCUGCCCACCGCUCUCAAACCCCGUGAGGGCCUGGUCCAGAGGGACCCACCUGCCUCCAACGCUCUGAAGUCCCAUAAGGAAGUCCAAGGGGACCCGCCGGCCUCCAAUGCACCCGAAUCCAAGCAUCCCUCCUUGUCUCUGCUGCAGAAGUCUCCUUCCUCUCCUGUCAGCUGCCACGCUACAGGUUUCUAUCCUAACAGAGCCCUGAUGUUCUGGAGGAAAGAUGGAGAGGAAAUUCAUGAGAAUGUGGAUCAUGGAGAGAUCCUUCCAAACGAUGAUGGGACCUUCCAGAUGAGGGUUUACCUGAACAUUUCCUCAAUCAGUCCUGAAGACUGGAGGAGGUACGACUGUGUGUUUCAGCUUCAUGACAAAGAAGAAAUCAUUAAACUGGAUGAAACAGUUAUAAGAACCAACAGAGAGAGGCAUAGUAACAUUACCAUCCCAAUCAUAGCUGCUGUGAUUGCUUUUGUUCUGGUUUCCAUCAUUGCUGCUGCUGGAUAUGUGGUCUAUAAAAGGAACAGAGCUGACGAGACUCACUUUGAACUGAUUUCAGAGACCUGAUGAACAAUCCAUUGCCUGGUGUUUGAAUUAAUUAUAAAUUCUUUCAAUGAAAUGUUGAUUUUUUUAAUACUACAUCACAUUAGAAGAAAUUAACCCACCUUGUAUUAAGUGAAACCAAAUUUCUAUUUGCCAAAAGCUGUUUAUCGAACCAUAGAUCCAGUUCAAGUCAAACUUGUUUAAUCUACUGACGGUUUCAGUUCAGAGCAGAUGAAACUAAUCACAUGAAGGUGACUGUUAAAGAAUUUAUGCAGAGUUAAAUAGCUUUUCAUAAACUAAAACACCAUAGAGUUGCUGCUGAAGGGAGAAAACAAAAGCCUUUGUCUUAGGGCUUGGCGAUAUAGAAAAAAAAAAACGUAUUGAUAAAAUAAA